UUAGUCGUGAGCUUGAGCAGCAGCAGAACAGUCGCAUCCGCCAAAAAGGGCAACAAACGAAGAGUACUCACGAAAAAUAAAAAGGCUUUUGCAAAGGGUUUUCCCAAUCAGAGAAAGUGUUCAAUAGCUUCAGGCGUAUUUUUAACCAAUUUAACUCACUGGAAGGAUCCAAUUCGUUCGAUUGUGAUUGAGUAAGCUAAGAACAAAGGACUUCAGCUGGAAUCUCGCCCCAUAUCGAUUUGUUCCAAAAACUGCAUAUUCGCCAGCGAGUGAGUGAGAGAGUGCGCUUGUGCCGAAAACGGAUACGGAAGGGGGCGACAAGGAAGCGGAAGCGGAAACAGCUGCUGCAUAAACAAUAGUAACAGGGAAUACUGUGUGUCACAUCAACGCAUCAUGACGCCAGAGCAGCAAGGAUAUUGCCCCUAGGAAAACCCAUACAAGUUCCUCAAGGAAGCCCUCAAGAAAAAGCGAACGAAAAUCGCAAUCGAUUCGGAGAACAAACCAUCAAGACGAACCCGCAAAGGAUUCAGUGCCAAAGGAGCCGUUCCGGCAGAAGCAGCAGUAGCAAGAGAGUAUUUAUUUUGGGCCAACCGGUGAAGGCCCGCGAACGUCAGCUCUUCAGGACUUUAAGGACCCAAAGCAGAGGCAACCCAAUGCAUUUGGGUGCACAACAACAACGCCCCAAGCAACAACAACAACAGCGCGAGCAACAAGAGAAACAUCAAAGGCGUUUCACGUUCAGUAAAGGACGGCAAUGUCGUCCCUACAGCGUGACUGGCAUUUACAGGGUUCCCGGGGAUCGGUUUACUGCGCGAGUGAACCGGACCCAACUGGUGGAGUCCAGUACGAGUCGGGAGGGUGCCUUCUCCACACGAAGACGGCUGAGGGCUCCGGCGGAGGGGCGGGCGUGGACGGGUCCGGUGGCGGAGUCGGCCUCGAAUGCGGCUCCCUGUUCUCGGUGGUAUCAGCGCCGCCGGCUCCACUGCCCGACAUCGUUGUGCCCACCGAGAUGGAUGGCAAACACAUGGAGUCCGCCGCCUUCCGCUCCGGAUGCUGUUCACCCAACGCCUCGCCCAUGCGACGACCCGCCACCCUCAGCCUGGACACGCAAUGCUGCCCGAGGACCCUGCACGCCAGCCUGCUGGAGCAUCAGAUCUCCGAGCUGGAGGAGGACGACAAUGAGAACCUGCUGACCGUGUCCAGCAUCACGGCGCGACCGUUGAUUGCCAAAUCGCAUGAGCUUCGCAGCAGUCGGAAGUCGGGUUCAGGUUCCGGAUCUGGUUUGAAUACGGCCCGCAGCAGGUGCGUCCGCCGGGCCAAGGAGCGCGAGCGGGAUCGCGUGACCGUCGCCAGGCGUAGCAAGCAAGUGGUCAAGGAUCGGGACUCCUCAACGACCACAACGGAGAGCGGUGGUCCGAAUGUGGAGCCACCGGACGGCGGUUACGGUUGGUUCAUCGUCUUUGGGGCCUUCUCCGUGCAAUUCUGGGUGGCCGGACUGGUCAAGUCGUACGGCGUGCUGUAUGUGGAGAUUAUGGAGACAUUUCCCAGCUCUACGGCCACCGUGGCCUCCUGGAUUCCAGCGAUCCUGUCGGCUCUAUGUCUGGUCCUGGCCCCGCUGUCCAGUGCUCUUUGCCAGCGAUUCUCCUGCCGAACGGUGGUCUUCGUCGGCGGCAUUUUCUGCGCCAUGGGCAUGAUACUGAGCUACUUUGCCACCAGUCUGCUGCACCUCCUCCUAACAUUUGGCGUACUCACAGGUAUUGGAGGUGGCCUCUCGACUACUCCGGGCAUAGUGAUAGUGUCCCAAUACUUUGACAAGCACCGUGCAUUGGCCAAUGGAAUCUGCGUUUCGGGCACUGCCGCCGGCAGCUUCAUCCUACCCGUUCUGAUAAAGCACCUCGCGGAGAACUGUGGCUUCCACGGCACUAUUCUGAUCCUGGGCGGUUGCAUGCUUCACGUGUGCGUUUCGGCCACACUUUACCGCCCAAUCAGUGCUUACACGGAUCAGGACUCGGGCCAGGGACAGGAGGAGACGGCAAAGCCCCUCAACGAAGACAUCAAUCCGAGCACCACGGGCAUUCUGACUACAUCCACCUACCUAGACACCUGCGAUGUGGGUGCAGGCCACGAGCUGAGCGACAAGUUUAUCGAGCAUCUGUUCCUGGAGGAGUCCAAGAACCACCUGAACUACUAUGCCAGCAAGCAGCCAGCCCAGGACAAGUCAGCGCAGGAGAGUGACGACGAGGUAAAGGAUAUUAUUGGCGAGACCACUUUCAUCAAGCCCAUGAAGAAGGUGCGCAGUUCCGGAUUGCUGCACUCCGUCGAAGAUCUGAGCACGGACUCCACUUGGGUCUAUCGCAAGCACUCCGGCACGGACUCCAAUCGCGGAAGUCGUCGUCGGCGCAAUGUCUUUGCCAACGACGAGGUGAUAUCCAAGAUACAAGCCCACUUGGAGAAGCCUCUUUCGCCGCCGAGUGUGGUCAGUCGCGGACUCAGCAAGAGCAUGGAGAUACCCACUCCGGUUAGCAACCUCAGUGAUCUCAAGCAGCAGCCGGUGGAGCAGGCGGAGCUCGGCAUUCUAGACUCCCAGCUGGUGGAGUCCAUUAUCGAUGGCGACGGCCACCUUGCCGCCGAUGAGGAUGACGAUGACGACGAAGAGCGGGGACCACGCACUUGCUGCGAGCGCAUCGAGAUGUACCUGGACAUCAGUCUGCUGCAGGACCCGAGCUUUAUCCUGAUGUGCCUAUCCGUCACCUUGAUGUCCGUCGGCUGUCCCUACAUGUUGUACUAUCUGCCCGCCCACGUUAUUUCAAUAGGAUACAAUAAAAGUGAGGCGGGAUACCUGGUGGCCAUCAGCGCGGUCCUAGAUUUAAUUGGGCGCCUUGGACUUGGCUGGCUGUGCGACCUGCAGCUAUUCGAUCGCAAGAAGACCUACACCUUGUGCAUUUUGGGCGCCGGAUGUGCCGUGCUCACAAUUCCCUUCGCCAAGACUCUGGUUUUGGUGGGUCUAUCGGCCGCUGUCUACGGACUUUGCCUGGGUAGCUGGUAUGUACUUAUGCCGGUCCUCCUUGCGGACGUCUUUGGCACGGACAGGAUCAGCUCGAGCUACGGGCUGGUGAGGAUGUUCCAGAGCAUCGGGGCCAUAUCGGUGCCUCCGCUGGCAGGACUGAUGCGAGACCUUUCCGGAGACUACGAGAUAUGCUUCUACUGCAUGGGAUCCUGCAUGGUGCUCGGGACCACUCCGCUGAUUGUGUGGUCCAUCCUGGAGGCCCGCAACCAUCGGUUGUUUGUUCAGCGCGAGGAGGAGGAGUGCGAGGAGGCCUAGAAAUGAUUCGGAUUCGUUGGUUGCCCCAUAUGUUAAUAGUGUUUUAGUAGCGAUCAAAUACUAGUUGAGUUCCUGAGUUUCAGAGUUCGAAUGCCUCACCGAUAUUGCUGAUUCUACCAGUUACUAUUACUACUAUCCGUACGUUCUCAUCCGUAUCUUUGUAUCUUAAUCAAUCCCCAUGCCCACCCGCACCCAAUCGCUUGUUAUCCUUCCGUUGAGCAACAGCAAAAGGAUGUGUAAGAUGAUGAUAUUCAAACGAAGAAACCAAACAACCUAAACAACCAACAACUGAGCACCAAAUGUUGCGCAAAAAGAACUGAGUUUAAAAGACAUGAACUACAAAUACCCGUAUAUAACUUUAUAAUAUGAUAACUACGAUCAAUGCCCGACUAGAUGGUUAUAUAGGCCGACUAUAGUUGUAGGUUCGCACAUCCAUAUCGGAAAGGACUAAACUUUGUGCAGGAAAAAUUAAGUGGCUUUAGACAGAAGGGAGGCUUGAAUGGAGAACAUCACAUUACAUUACCCUAGAAUUAAAAUAGUUGUUGUGAGACAUUUACCCAUAAAGACAAUUACCAAAUAAACACGAAAUCAAAAGG